AAUCGACUGCUUCUCUGACUUCCCGCUUCCUCCAUCCCCACAUUGUCAGACUCUGCACCGGAAAAACGCACAAACACACACACACACACACUGCGUGACUGGAGGCUGACAAUGGCGGUACCUAACAAACUGUUCGCACUAACUUCAUUUCUGCUUCUCAUGCUGCUGCUUGCGACGGUGGUCGCCGCCGCCGUCGCCGUCGUGCACAAAAACGACGCCUCAAAUCCUAGCACUGCGGAAACGGAGAAGAUGCAGAAACAGAGCAUCUACAACUCAUCAAUGGAAGCAAGAUUAAAGGAGAUUGAAGCUUUGAAUGACAAUGCUGUUCAAGAUCCUGAAGAGAUCGUCUCCCUCGUUGAAAUGAGCAUGAGGAACAAUACUGAGAGGAGGAAGCUAGGGUAUUUCUCAUGUGGGACCGGUAACCCUAUCGAUGACUGUUGGCGAUGCGACCCGAAUUGGCAUCGCAACCGUAAGCGCCUUGCCAAUUGCGGUAUUGGGUUCGGGCGGAACGCGAUAGGAGGCCGUGACGGUCGGUUUUACGUGGUGACUGAUUCCCGAGACGAUGACCCAGUCAACCCGCGACCUGGCACCCUGCGUCACGCUGUCAUACAAACCGCUCCACUCUGGAUCGUGUUCAAACGUGACAUGGUGAUCCAACUAAAGCAAGAACUUAUCAUGAACAGUUUUAAAACCAUCGAUGCGCGUGGAGUAAACGUCCACAUAGCUAAUGGAGCUUGCUUAACUCUUCAGUUCAUUACUAAUGUUAUUAUCCAUGGUUUACAUAUUCAUGACUGUAAGCCCACCGGUAACGCGCUGGUUAGAAGCUCACCAUCCCACUACGGUUGGAGAUCAAUGGCUGAUGGUGAUGCCAUUUCAAUAUUCGGCUCGAGCCAUAUUUGGAUCGACCACAACUCUCUUUCUAACUGUGCCGAUGGACUCGUUGACGCAGUCAUGGGCUCAACCGCUAUCACCAUUUCCAACAACCACUUUGCUCAUCACAACGAGGUGAUGUUAUUGGGCCAUAGUGACUCGUACGUAAGAGACAAGAUGAUGCAAGUGACUAUUGCGUAUAACCAUUUUGGUAAAGGUUUAAUUCAGAGAAUGCCAAGAUGUAGACACGGGUAUUUCCAUGUAGUGAACAAUGACUACACUCAUUGGGAGAUGUAUGCCAUUGGUGGAAGUGCAAACCCCACAAUCAACAGUCAAGGAAACAGAUAUCUUGCACCUGUUAAUCCUUUUGCAAAAGAGGUUACAAAGAGGGUGAAUACAGAUGCAAGUAAAUGGCAUGGAUGGAACUGGAGGUCAGAAGGUGAUUUACUUCUCAACGGGGCGUAUUUCACCCCAUCGGGGGCUGGUGCAUCGGCAAGCUACGCCAGAGCCUCGAGUUUAGGGGCGAAAUCGUCUAACAUGGUUGCUUCCAUUACUGCCAAUGCUGGUGUUCUUAGCUGUCGUAGGGGUCGCCAAUGCUAGCCUCUUGUCAUUUCUUUUUUUUUUUUUUUUUUUUUUUUUUUAUGUUUUUAGUGUGUUGGUUUCACUUUCCACAUAUCUGUCCGUUUUGAUCCAUUUCCGUUGCCAUAUUACGGGCAAGUUUACGAGGAGUGUGUUUUAUUCACACACUCCUUUCGUCACCAUGUUGUUGUGUGUCGUGCAACCUCGGCCAAGACCGAAGUGUUGUUCACAGUGUGGUUUGUGUUUUAGAUCUAACUAGCCACUAGGUAUAUUGGUUUUAGGUCACAAAAUUGGAUUUCUUCGGCUUUCUUUUUAUUUUUUCAAGUGUAAUUUUGGGUUCUUGAGUCAGAUACAAGUUGUAAUGUCGAAGCUACUUGGUUCACUAAAUGGAAA